CCCUUCCUCACUCUGCUCUGACUCCACCAGCCCGCCGACGAGUGACGGCCGACCCACGCAACAGAAGCAGCAACAAAAUGAAGAACAGGCAACCACGGUAAGGACUAACUGAGGCACAGGCAGUGGCUGUGGCUGUGGGAGAGAGAGUGCACGCAGUGGCAGUGGUCGGAGCUGAUGGCGAAUUUGUCCAGUCUGGUUCACGAACUCCGGGAACGCAUUGCCUCGUCAUCAUCAACCCCUCCCGACAAACAAAACGAUGAAGCCUUGCAGUCUCGCUUCCGCGCCGUACUGCCCAAUCUCCUCCAAGCCUACGUUGUCCCUUCCUCUUCCGCCGCCAGAGAGAGGGAGGUGAUUGCCGUGCUCAAGCUUUUGUCACACACCGCCAAGAAUUUCCCCGGAGUUUUCUAUCACGGGAGGGCCAGUGCUGUGCUUCCUGUUGUAGGCCGAGUGUUACCUUUUCUUGCGGAGCCCGCAUUCCGCCCCCGACAUGGAGUUAUUGUUGAGAUUGUUGGAUCUCUGCUAUCCUUGCUUCGCACUGGUGAUAGAGAUGCAUACAGACAAUUCUUCUUGGAUGCUAUGUCGUUGACUGAAGAUCUUGUAUAUGUUGCCUCCGUUUGUGAUCAGAGAAGAUCUGUGGGACAGAAAAGUAUCUUGUUGAAGUCUUUCUGUGAGUCAUUUUCCAGAAUACAAAAUGAUCCUGCUCUUCUUGGUGGUCUUCCAACGUUCAACACAUCUGCUAGUGGAGACGGAAUAUUGAUUAAUGUUAUGGGAAAAGAAAGGUUCCGAGCCUUUGCCACUUCCACCAUCAAGCUUCUAUGUAAAUGUUUGACUGAAGGAACAUUAUAUGUUGAAGGGCUUUUGGAUGGCUCAUGUGUUUCGUCAGUCUGCAAGCUUUUGUGCUACGGAGAUGAUGAUUUGCACAUGGCAUGCUUUGAUUUUGUACGGAUGGUUAGAGCCGGGAGAAACUAUGAGAUUCUUCCUUCAGAGAAACUAAUCCAGUCAAUGACAAUCAUUCUAAGCAAAGAUGUUGAGGGAGUUUCAGUAUUCAGAAGUGCAGUUUAUGAUUCUUCUCUGGGAGGAUGUCUUCAGUCCUUGCAUUCUAGUUGUCCUGAGCAUGUUGUCAGGUCAACAGCAGCUGAGAUAUUGUACAUAUUUCCUGAAUCAAUGCUAAAGACAAGUAGCUUGGAACUGAAGGCUGGUUUGUGUAAUGCGUACAUACGAAUUGUAAAGACAUGCCCUCCUUAUUUGUGGAGACCAGAAUGUCUCAUAUCACUGCUUUAUUCAUCAAACACCAGUUUUCAUUUAAUAGAUUGCUUCAGAGCUGCUAUUACCAGUCUUGGUCCUAAUCUUGUUGGAAGGAUAAUGACUGAAGAUGCUGAUGUUGUUCUGCCGAAGUUAAGGGAUACUGAAAUUGUAAUCUCAAAAUUUGGAAGCAAAAGACCCAGAGAGGAUAUUAUACCAAUGGAAGCAAAGCGCCAAAAGUUAAAGUAUUCUUGCUCAAAAUCCCAGGAUGAAUGCAAGUUUGUCUGCACAGUUCCCUGUGUUAUGGAGAAAGAAUAUGCUGAUUUGAUGUGCUCUUCGUUAAAUCUAUUGCUUGAUUUCCUAAAUCCCCCCGGGGAGAACUCUAAUUCAUUGAGGAUAGAAAUUGAGCUCGCAGCUAUUAGCACCCUCUGUAUUGUUUUUUCUGAGCACCCUCAUGAAGACCUUUCCCUUUGCAUAUUUCAGAAAAUGUGCAAGUGGCUUUCUUGGAUUUCUGAGCAGCAAGGGAAGCAACAAACUUCAUUUCCUGUUGGCAUGUCUAUUUUUCUAGAAGCAGUUGACAGCUUACUGCUUGCACAAGGGUCGCUAUCUAAAGAGAAUAGACUUGCGAUCUUUGAAAAUAUUGGUGAUAUUGGAGAUAUCUUGCGGCCAGUGCUGAGGCUUCCAUGGACCUGUGCUUCAUCCAUUACAGAAUCCUGUGAUCUUGCUUCCUGGAAGGCAAAAUGUCUUUCAAUUCGUAUUCUAUCAAAGAUUGGGUGCAUAACAUGGCAAGGUGUUGAUCUUGAUAUUCUGGAUUUGGGGCUCUGUGAUGAAGAAGUAGAAGUUAGAAUUGAAGCUAUCAUAUCAAUGCCUGUGAUUGUGUUGUUUGCUGGUGCUGAUUUUCUGAUGCCCAUGUUCAAUAGGCUGGAGACUCUUAAAAAAGAGAAAAAUGAGCAAGUCAAGAAAGUCAUUUCUCUCUCUCUUGGUCAUCUGGCAUGCUUAUAUGGAUAUUAUGAUUGUAAUGGCCUUCCUUCUAAAGCUGGAUGCAAAUUAUACUUGAAGAAGGAUAGGGAGAAUGAACUCUUUGGUAUGAGUCAUUUUUUGCCGAGAUUUUGGUGUUCAAAGUGUGAAAGCAGUGGUACAGAUGACUUUUGGCCUUCUUCAGCAGUAUUUUUACCUAAUGUGGAGAAAAAAAAUUAUCUUUUCAAUUGUGACUAUAGUUAUUUGCAAUCUCUCUUUUUUGAACUCCUCUACGAUGAAUCAUCAGAAGAAGUACAAGCUGCUUGUGUCAGAAUGAUUCAGUGCAUCCUUCUCCAUGGAACUGAAGAUGUUUUGAUUACAACUAGAUUGCAGUGGAUUCAAUGUAUUGAUUUUUUACUCCUUCACAAGAAUAAAAAUUUGAGACAAGCAUUUGUCUCCCAGAUUACUUUCUUUGUUCGCGAUCCUAUCCUGGAGUGUUUAUUUUUGUGGAAGAAUUCCCAGGAGAAAUCCAAGGAACAGAGGUUUAUGGACAAAAUAAAGCAUGCUUUGGCAGCAGCAGAGGAUCCUUUGGUUUUCGAAACCCUUCUAGAAACUACAGCAACAGUCAUGCAAGUAGUUGAUAUCCAUAAUCAACUGUUUUUGUUCUCUCUUAUUUUAUUGAUCGAUCAGCUGGACAAUACUUAUGCUUCUGUGCGGCUAACUGCCUCCAAGCUGAUAAAUAGAUCAUGCCACUUCCAUCAUUCAGGAGGCCUUGAUGCACUCCUGUCAAAAGCUCCACAUGUCCGAAAUGAAUUGUAUGAUUAUCUAUGUAUGAGGCUUGGCAACCAACCCAAAAUGGUUGAAGAAUUUUCAGCAGCUGUUCUUGGCAUUGAAACUGGAGAACUUGUGAAGAGAAUGAUUCCUGUUGUUCUUCCAAGACUUGUGGUCAUUCAACAUGAAAAUGAUCAAACUCUAGCAACUUUAUAUGAACUGGCCAAGUGUUUGAAUACUGAUAUGGUGCAGUUAAUUGUUAAUUGGCUUCCUAAAGUACUUGCCUUUGCUCUUCAUCAAGCUGAUGGGCAAGAGUUAAACUCUGCUUUGGAGUUCUACCAUGAACAUACUGGAUCAGACAAACAAGAAAUUUUUGCUGCUGCUUUACCUGCACUUUUAGAGGAACUUGUAUGCUUUACUGACGUAGAUGAUUCUGCAGAAAUAAGUAAAAGGUUAGCCAGGGUACCUCAUAUGAUCCAACAAAUUGCUAAAAUUCUGACUGGCAGUGAAGAUCUUCCAGGAUUUUUGAGGAAUCAUGUUGUUGGUAUGCUGAACAGCAUUGAUAGAAAAAUGCUUCAUGCAGCAGAUAAGGCAUUGCAAAAACAAGCCAUUACGCGAAUAGAGAUGCUGAUUAAAUUGAUGGGCUCCCAUCUUUGCACUUAUGUUCCAAAAAUUAUGGUGCUUCUCAUGCAUGCUAUCAACAAGGAAUGGCUUCAAGGUGAAGGUCUUUCGGUAUUGCAUUUUUUCUUAAAACAAUUAUCUAUCCUGUCACCUUCUAGCACUAAACAUGUGAUAUCUCAAGUUUUUGCUGCUCUUGUACCAUUCUUGGAGAAAGAGGCAGAAAAUUCAUCUACCCACACAAGUAAAAUUGUGGAGAUAUUGGAGGAACUUGUUGUUCAGAAUAAGGUUAUCUUAAAACAGCAUAUUCGUGAAUUCCCUACUGUACCCAAUGUUCCUGUCCUCUCAGAAGUGAAUAAAGUAAUUCAGGAAGUACGUGGAGCUAUGACCCUGAAAGAUCAGUUGCACGAUGCUGUGGAGGGGUUAAAUCAUGAAAAUUUAAAUGUGAGAUACAUGGUAGCAUCUGAGCUAAGCAAGUUGUUGAACCUGAAACAUGCGGAGUUCAUUGGUUUGUUCACUAAGGAAGGGGAUUCAGUUAUGGAUCUGAUGAGCUCUUUGAUAACAUCACUGCUGAAGGGGUGUGCUGAGGAGUCAAGGACUUCAGUUGGGCAGCGACUGAAACUGAUAUGUGCGGAUUGCCUUGGAGCACUUGGUGCUAUUGAUCCAGCCAAAAUAAAGGGCUUUUCCAGCACACGCUUUAAAAUAGCAUGUUCUGAUGAUGAUCUGAUAUUUGAGCUGAUCCAUAAACAUCUGGCCAGGGCUUUUCGAGCAGCACCUGACACCAUCAUUCAAGAUUCAGCUGCACUUGCUAUCCAGGAGCUGCUAAAAAUUGCUGGAUGUGAGGCUUCCCUCGACGAUAAUGUUCUGCAGUCGGCUGGAGACAUACAGCACUCAAAGUUGGAUGGAAGUUCUUCACGGGGGGGCAUGGGUGAUGGAAGUGAAAUACUUGGAAGAGGGCAGAGGUUGUGGACCCGUUUCUCUAACUAUGUGAAAGAGAUAAUCGCCCCUUGCUUAACCUCAAGAUUCCAACUUCCUAAUGUGUCAGAUAUGGCUACUUCUGGUCCAAUAUACCGGCCAUCAAUGUCUUUCAGAAGAUGGAUCUAUUUUUGGAUUAAAAAAUUAACUGCACUUGCCACAGGCCCUCGAUCUGCAAUUUUCAAUGCUUGUCGUGGUAUUGUGAGACAUGAUAUGCAAAUAGCCAUGUAUCUUCUACCUUAUUUAGUCUUAAAUGCUAUAUGUGAGGGUACUGAGGAGGCCCGUUGUGGGAUAACAGAGGAAAUUUUAUCAGUUCUUGAUGCUGCUGCAUCAGAUAGUAGCACUACUACUGCUCAUGGUAAUAAUUCUGGGCAAAGUGAGGUGUGCAUUCAAGCUGUAUUCAAUCUUCUUGACAAUUUAGGCCAAUGGGUUGAUGAUGUGGAGCAAGAAAUUAGUCUUUCCCAGCCACUUCACUCGUCCAAUUCCAAGCAACAAGCUGUCAAGUUGAACAUCCAUAGUACAGAUUUUAAUCAACUGCUUAUACCAUGCAAACAUGUCUCAGAACUCCUUAGCGCAAUUCCUAAAAUUACGCUCGCUAAGGCCUCAUUUAGAUGUCAGGCUUAUGCCAGGUCUUUAUUGUAUUUUGAGUCUUAUGUGAGAGGCAAGUCAGGAACGUUUAACCCUGCUUCUGAAAAGAGUGGCAUCUUUGUGGAUGAAGACAUAUCUUUUCUAAUGGAGGCAUACAGUGGAUUGGAUGAGCCGGAUGGUUUAUCUGGUUUGGCAUCACUACGGAAAUCAAUAAGCUUACAGGACCACCUCCUGAUUAACAAAAAGGCUGGGAACUGGGCAGAAGUUUUGACUUCUUGUGAACAGGCUCUGCAGAUGGAACCAUUUUCUGUUCAAAGACACUCCGAUGUCCUUAACUGCUUGCUUAACAUGUGCCAUUUACAGGCCAUGGUUACUCAUGUGGAUGGAUUGAUUUCUAGAGUUCCUCAGUAUAAGAAAACAUGGUGCACACAAGGGGUUCAGGCUGCCUGGAGGCUUGGGAGGUGGGAUUUAAUGGAUGAGUACCUGACUGGGGCUGAUGCAGAAGGCUUGCUUUAUAGCAGCUCUGAGAGCAAUGCUUUGUUUGACAAUGAUGUUGCAAAAAUUCUUCAGGCAAUUAUGAAAAAAGAUCAAUUCUCUGUUGCUGAGAAAAUUGCACUGUCUAAACAAGCUUUGAUUGCUCCACUCGCUGCAGCUGGGAUGGAUUCUUAUGCUCGGGCAUAUCCAUUUGUUGUCAAGCUUCACUUGCUUCGUGAGAUUGAAGAUUUCAAUUCUCUACUUAAUGGUGAGUCCUUUUUGGGGAAAAGUUUCCAAUUAGAUGAAAUAGAAUUCUCAAGGACAUUGGAAAACUGGGAAAGCCGCCUCAAACUGACCCAACCAUCUCUGUGGGCGAGGGAACCUCUCUUAUCCUUCCGAAGACUUGUAUUUAGUGCCAGCGGCCUAGGGGCUCAAGUUGGGAAUUGCUGGAUACAAUACGUGAAGCUUUGCCGUUCAUCUGGGCAUUAUGAAACUGCAAACCGUGCAAUUUUGGAAGCCCAGGCUGCAGGAGCAUCAAAUGUUCACAUUGAGAAGGCUAAGAUUCUGUGGAGCACUAGGAGGUCUGAUGGUGCCAUUGCAGAACUUCAGCAAUCUCUACUGAGCAUGCCUGCUGAGGUCGUUGGUUCCAAUGCAAUAUCAGCCAUUACAAGCCUGUCUGUUGUUCCUGUGAAUCCUCCACCUUUGCUCUCUGAUAGUCAAGCUGUGAACAGGAAUCUAGAUGUAUCAAAGACACUCCUUCUGUACUCACGGUGGAUUCACUACACCGGCCAAAAACAGAAGGAAGAUGUGAUAAAUCUCUACUCUAGGGUGAAGGAACUGCAACCCAAGUGGGAGAAGGGAUACUUCUACAUGGCAAAAUACUGUGAUGAAGUGCUUGUUGAUGCUCGAAAACGCCAGGAAGACAGUGCUGAACAAUCAUUGAGAUUGAUGCCAUCUAAUUUCUCGCGUGUUGCAUCUGUUAAUGUACAGCAAUCUGAGCGAAGAUGGUGGACUUACCUUCCGGAUGUCUUGUUAUUUUAUGCUAAAGGGCUUCAUAGGGGACACAAGUAUCUCUUCCAGGCUCUUCCAAGGUUGUUGACGUUAUGGUUUGAUUUCGGGAGCUUUUAUUACACAAGUAACAUGCAUUCCAGUAAAGAUAUGAAGAAUGUUCAUGGGAAGGUCAUGAGCAUCAUGAGAGGCUGCUUGAAGGACUUGCCAACCUACCAAUGGUUGAGUGUGUUGCCUCAACUGGUUUCGAGGAUUUGCCACCAGAAUGAAGAAACUGUUCGGUUGGUGAAGCAUAUAAUUACUUCUGUUCUAAGGCAGUAUCCACAACAAGCCCUUUGGACCAUGGCUGCUGUUACAAAAUCUACUGUUUCUUCAAGAAGGGAAGCUGCUUCCGAGAUCAUUCAAGCUGCUAAAAAGGGAUCCAGUCAAGUAGGUUCGAAUUCUAUGUUUGCUCAAUUUGCAACACUAGUGGAUCAUCUUAUCAGGUUAUGCUUCCAUCCGGGGCAAACAAAGGCAAAGAGCAUCAAUAUUUUAACUGAGUUUAGUGCCCUGAAGAGGAUAAUGCCUUUGGAAAUUAUUAUGCCAACCCAGGAAUCCCUCACUGUCAAUCUACCUUUGUAUGAUGUGAAUUUAACUGAUUCUGGUACAUCUGAUAUAUUUUCAUAUUCGGAUCUUCCGACAAUAUCUGGAAUAGGUGACGAGGCGGAGAUUCUUUCCUCGCUUCAGAGACCAAAGAAAAUCAUUCUCAUAGGUAGUGAUGGAUCCGAGCGUCCAUUUCUUUGCAAACCUAAAGAUGACCUUCGAAAAGACGCCCGCAUGAUGGAAUUCAAUGCAAUGAUAAAUCGUUUACUGUCAAAAUGCCCUGAAAGCCGUCGUCGGAAGCUUUAUAUUCGAACGUUUGCUGUGAUUCCAUUGACAGAAGAUUGCGGUAUGGUUGAGUGGGUUCCCCAUACUCGCGGGCUCCGACAUAUUCUCCAGGAUAUCUAUAUAAGCUGUGGAAAGUUUGAUAGGCAGAAAACAAAUCCUCUGAUUAAGCGAAUUUAUGACCAAUCACAAGGUAAAAUGCCAGAGGAUGAAAUGCUGAAGGCCAAGAUUCUGCCAAUGUUCCCCCCAGCUUUUCACAAAUGGUUUCUUAACACAUUCUCGGAGCCAGCCACGUGGUUUAGGGCACGUGUUGCCUAUGCACAUACUACUGCUGUGUGGUCUAUGGUGGGGCACAUUGUUGGGCUCGGCGAUCGGCAUGGUGAAAACAUUCUUUUUGAUUCAACAACAGGAGAUUGUGUCCAUGUUGAUUUUAGUUGCUUGUUUGACAAGGGCCUGCAAUUGGAGAAGCCAGAGCUGGUGCCAUUCAGAUUGACACAGAACAUGAUCGAUGGGCUAGGCAUCACGGGAUAUGAGGGAACGUAUCUGAGAGUCUGCGAGAUCACACUCCAAAUUCUGAGGGAACACAAGGAGACGCUCAUGAGUGUGUUGGAGACAUUUAUCCAUGAUCCUCUUGUGGAAUGGACAAAAUCCCACAAGUCAAGUGGAGUAGAAGUACAAAAUCCACAUGCACAGUUGGAGGCGUGGCAUGCCCUGUCGUGUCGUGUAAUCAGUAUGCGAUAUUAUUCUGUGUGUGCAGAGAGCCAUCAGCAACAUAGAAGCCCGGCUGCAAGGAGUGGUGGUUGGUGUAGGAGCAGCGCCAUCUUUGCCCCUUGCUGUGGAAGGACAAGCGCAGCGUCUAAUCGCAGAAGCUGUGUCCCUCAAGAAUCUGGGGAAGAUGUAUAUAUGGUGGAUGCCUUGGUUUUAAGAAGAAUAAUUAGAAAGAUCCAGAGAGAUAGAGAGUUGGGGUGGCUUCGGAGUUUAUGGAUGAAUUGAAUUGGAGGAGUUAC